AUGGCGUCCCUCGGCCCCCCCGUCACGUCCAGCACAGUAUACUGCUGCCGCUGGGACUUUUGCGCACGCACCUUCAACACCGUCGCGUCCCUCCAGACCCAUUUCCAGCAAGACCACAUCCCUCGUGAACGCGCCGUCUACGUGCCCGCCCACAAGCGCCGACGACGCGAGGACGGCGCGUGGGUCCUCGUCGAGGAGAGUUUCCGGCUCUCAAACGAGAUUCCACUGGGGCUGAACCUGCCCCGCGAGCUGGCAGGUUUUGGCGGCCGUUCUGGCGCCGGCGCCGGCGACGUGUCGAUGAUGACGACGAUGAGCAACCUCACGAGCGCCGGCAUCUCGGACACGUCGCUCCCUCCCCUGCCCUCGUUCGCCAUCCCUUCCCUCCCGGCCUCCUUCUCAUUCUCGCAGGACGCCAUGGCCGGCAGCGCGUCCGACAAUGAGAACGACAACCCCAUUGAGACGGAGACGGAGCCGGAACCGGAACCGGCAGCCGCCCCGUCCCUCGUCGACUAUGACGCGUUCCUGCGCUCGCCGUCGCCCCCCACACGUUCCCAGCCUCUCCCUCCUGCGUUCUCCUCACAGCAGUUCCAGCAGUCUACGCCGCUGUCGCAGGUCCCGCCGCCGUCGCAGGUCGCGCUCCAGGACCUGGACCAGGACAAGGACAAGCAACCCCUGCCCGCCGACACGUCCAAGAACUCGUCCGCCUCGUCCGCCGCGCAGGUCACCCCGGCGCGCGGCGUGUUCGUGACCCAGGCCAUCCCCCCGCCGACCCCGUCGCAGGGGAACAGCAGCAACAGCACGGACAACGACCCCAACGCGAGCACCACGAGCAGCACACCGUCCUCGGCCGCGCGGCCGGCGCAGCCGCUCGCGUUUGGCGCGCGCGCCGCGCCGGCAGACAGCCCCGUGCGCCGCGUGAGUGCCAGCGGGGUCGGGUUUACCUGGGGUCUGGGCAAGUGA